AUGAUCAACUUGACAAUCCUGUGCUUCGCACUGUUGUGUGCUCUUGCAGCAGCAUUUCCUAAGCAGAGUGUCAACACUCCAUGCAGCACUAACACACUCACAAGCAGUGCCAGUACCAGUGCAAAGACUGCAUUGCCCUGGACUAUCACUGCGGCAUCGGCUUCUACUUGCGCUUCGACGAGCUUCACAGCUCGCUACGGUUCUUUCAGCUACACCCAAGUCAGCACAAAUCGCUAUGCUACUCCCAUCUUGACUCCCGUCACGUUCGCUAGUGCAUUUGCUCCUGCUUAUUCCAAGGCAAAAUCCUUGUUGCCUUCGAAUGUCACAUACACAACCUACUCCCUAAACCCCAAAGCUACCACCAGCAAGGAUGGCAUGUACGGCCAAUCUGCUUACGCUUCUCUGUGGUCUGGAUACACUUACAACCAUACUGUGCCAUUUACCACGACUGUCUCGCCUACUCCUGUUCCUACGAGUGAGCUUGUCUAUCCUCCAGCUUUGUACUCUGCAUGCCCCGAUGCAGACGCAUGUCUCGACUGCUACAAGUUCGACAAGAACUUCAUCUGGGGUGUUGCGGGAAGUGCAUGGCAGAUUGAAGGUGCCCUCCAACAGGAAGGCAGGGGGCCUGGUAACCUUGACGGACUCGGAAACCAGGGCCCUGGCGGUAUGGCUAGCGGCAAUGACUCUGUGGAAGCCGAUAUGAACUACUACCUCUACAAGCAAGACAUUGCCAGGCUGGCUGCCAUCGGAGUACCGUACUACUCCUUCUCAAUUUCUUGGUCGAGAAUUGUGCCAUUUGGUGUUGCAAACAGUCCGGUCAACACCCAGGGCCUUGAUCACUACGACGAUCUGAUCAAGACUUGUCUGCAGUACGGCAUCAAGCCUAUCGUCACUCUGGUUCACGUGGAUGCACCGACAUCAAUCAGUCUCGACACAGACUUCACUGCAGACUACCUGUACUACGCCAAGCAGGUCAUGGCUCGCUAUGCUGAGCAUGUUCCUUACUGGGUCACGUUCAACGAACCCAACAUUGGAAUGCCAUAUUCCUUCCACACAUACAAUGGACUGACCAACAUCCUCAUGGCACACUCUGCUGUGUACAGGUGGUACAAGGAAACUCUCGGUGGCACUGGCAAGGUCACGAUCAAGUUUGCGAACAACCUUGCUGUCCCACGCGAUUUGAACAAGACUUCAGACUUGCAAGCGGCAUCGCGCUACCAAGACUUCAUCCUCGGUAUCAUGGCCAACCCUCUUUUCCUUGGAAAGCAAUACCCAUCAGAGGUUUUGGCCACACCGAAUUUGAACUUGACCGCGCUCACGGCACAGCAAAUCUCGUACAUCAACGGCACGAUUGACUUUUGGGCCCUUGACCCAUAUGUUUCGCAGUUUGCCUCGACGCCGGCAAAUGGACUUGAUAGCUGUAUCAACAACAGCAGUGACCCUCUCUGGCCUCAAUGCGCUGAACUGGGCGAGAUUCAGCAGAACGGAUGGCAAGUCGGGCAAAAGUCUAACGAUUAUGCCUACAUUGCACCUCAAUACGUCCGCCAGCAAUUGGGUUAUGUGUGGAACACAUUCAAACCUUCUGGCAUUCUGAUCUCUGAAUUUGGUUUCAACCCUUUCAUGGAGUCCAAGGAGACACUUGUCCAGCAGCGGUACGAUCUGCAAAGAACUUUGUACUAUCAGGAGUAUCUGAGGGAGGUGUUGAAGUCGAUGCAUCUGGAUGGAGUCAAUGUGAUCGGAGCAUUGGCGUGGAGCUUUGUCGACAACAACGAGUUUGGAUCCUUUGAGAACCAGUAUGGUCUCCAGACUGUCAACAGAACCAGUGGAAAGUUUGAGAGACACUACAAGAGAAGUUUCUUCGACUUUGUCGACUUCUUCCACAAGUUUGUCGCAGCAUAG